GUACAGCUCGGUAAAUUAGCUAGCUACUCUACCAGCAGCAUCCUAGUUACCAUAGCUACCACUACAUCAUCACCGGCUGUCUGCAUUUCUUGUGGACCGAUGGAGCUCCCCGGUUGUUUCUUCCACCUGUUAAAUCCCGGUGAGGCUUCUCCCUCUCUCGUUGACGGAUGCUGGCUACCUCUGUCCGGUUCUCCUCUCUUCACUAGAUGGACGGUAACUUUAGUGUUUAACCCCUCUGUGUCCAAGGACCGAACUUUUGAAUAUUAUUUUCAGGGCGCCUCAAUAGCAGGUAUUGAACCCCGGGUAAAUAAUCACUAGUCAGAACCUCAACCUCAGUAUACAUUCAUUAUAAAAAUCAUGUUAAUAUCUGAUAUUGUGAGUAAACUACCUCGAGAGUGCGUCUUCCAGCCCUCCAAUUAAUUACAUAAUUCAACCCUCCCGGUUAGUAAAUUUACCUCAACAUGCCCCCGGAGAAGGCAGAGUAACGACACCAGCCUUUUAGCGGGGCUGACAGACUGACUACAACGCUCGCGUCGCUAAAUGAAUUUCGUUAUUAAAAAUGACACACUGCUCUCGCGCGCCAACGAGCGUCUUGAAGUCAGUUCUAUUUGUGACGCAGUUCGCGCUGCAUCUCAUUGGUUUAUAGAAGCAGGUACCCACAUGCCAACUCCUCAUUUAACAAAAAAACAUAACUUAACAUUAACUUAACUUCUUUAAACAAUAAAAGCUCAUUUACGAACUUUUCUGAAAAUUGAUAUAUAGCGUUAUGGAAUGAAACUCUUCUUAUGUUUCCCCAUCUGAGCUCAGAGUAGAUGAGAGAUGUAAUGUUUGUCUCUGUUGUGUUGAAGACCAAUCCAGCAGGAGAGACCAGCCUCCCCUGUUCCCAGCUGUGUGUCCAUGAAGAGUGACUGGUCUAUGAUUCAUCCUAUAUCCUUUAGAGAGGGAGACUUUUCUACUGAACAAAGUCCAAUCAAGCAGGAGAGACCAGCCUCCCCUGUACCCAGCUGUGUGUCUAUGAAGAGUGAUAAGUCUAUGGAUCAACCUAUAAACUUUAGAGAGGGAGACUUUUCUACUGAACAAAGAAACCAACAGGAGAGAUCAGAGUCAGAGAUUCUCAGUGGUCAGUCUUCCCAGAGUCAUCAAACAGACCUGGCCUCCAUAUUCAGUAUGCUUGAAGAUAAAAUUAUGACAUUUGUGAAGAACGAGCUGAAGAUGUUCAAGAGGAUUCUUAGUCCAGAACUCCCACAAGGCUUUGAGAGUCAGAAGCAGGAUAAGGAAGUGGUGGAUGCUGAAGAUGAGAAGCAGGAGAGCAGUGCCAGAGAGGGGGCUCUGAAGAUCACACUGCACAUCCUGAGGAAAAUGAACCAGAAGGAGCUUGCUGACACACUGGAGAAAUAUUCAGAUGAGCUCGCUGUGAUUUGCCAACGUGAACUCAAAUCUAAUCUAAAGAAGAAGUUUCAAUGUGUAUUUGAGGGGAUCGCUAAACAAGGAAACCCAACACUUCUCAAUAAGAUCUACACAGAGCUCUACAUCACAGAGGGUGGAACAGGAGAGGUCAAUAAUGAACAUGAGCUGAGACAGAUUGAGACAACAACCAGGAAACAAGCAAGACCAGAGACUGCAAUCAAAUGUAACGACAUCUUCAAACCCUUAACUGGACAAGACAAACCUAUCAGAACUGUGCUGACAAAGGGAGUCGCUGGCAUUGGAAAAACAGUCUCUGUGCAGAAGUUCAUUCUGGACUGGGCUGAAGGAAAAGCAAAUCAGGAUGUCCAAUUUGUAUUUUCAUUCCCUUUUCGGGAGCUGAAUUUGAUGAAAGGGGACAAACACACUUUCAUUGAACUUCUUAAUCACUUCUCAAUGGAAACCAAACAAUCAGAAUCUCCAACUACAACAAGUACAAAGUUCUGUUCAUCUUUGAUGGUCUGGAUGAGUGCCGACUGCCCCUAG